UUUAUUUUUAUGAAUUUGAUAAGUCCAUAUUACGAUUAAUAUAUAUUCUAUUUCGGUAACGACGUAUUAACUCGUAAAACUUUAUUGAUUUUCUUUAUUUGACUUUUAUUCCAAUGUAACAGGAAAUAUGAUAAUUGCCCCUAUAGUUGAUUAGCUGCUGGUGUUGAUAAUAACAUGCUGUUAAUAUAUGAUAAGCCUGUGCCGUGUAUGUCUGCAUACAAGUUGGAAUUAAUAGCAGCCGAACGAUUUUUUGGCAGUCUACGAUCAGUAUUUGAUAAUAAAAUAAUCCAUAAAGUGACUGAUGUGUCAUAAAAUAACCUGAAAUUUUCGAUUAUUUCAAUCUUUAUUAUUUACUUUAAAUCAUAGAGAUAAGAAGUUUAAAAUGUUUAAAAUCCUUUACUUGGAAUUAUAUUUAUUGCUUUUUGGAAAUUGUAUUGGUGAUUAUUCAGAUUGGGAUACAAAAUGGCAAAUAUUAUGUCCUGGUUUAUAUCCCAGAGCUUUUACAAGUUACACACCCCAUGGAAAUCUUUCUAGUGGAAUAUAUACCAUGCAACCUCAUUUAAGUAGUAUGAAACACUGUGUGGCAACAUGUUGUACCAAAACCACAUGUAAUGUGGCUCUUAUGCAUAAUGGUACUUGUUACCAUGUGCAAUGUGAAAGUUCCAAAAUAUGUAUGCCUUUAUAUAGAAAAGAUUUGGCAAAUGAAAAUCCUCCAAGUAUGAUUCUAGUUAAACCUGUGGAAGAAGAUGAGAUGUGGAGUGAUUUAUUAGAUCAGAUGAAUGAUGAUACUGGAGGGUUUCUUAUGGAUGGUACAGAAGGAGAUCAUAUUCUUUUUGGUGGAUCAAGUUGUAUUACUCAAACGAAUUGUUUAGAACAUGAAAUUUGUGUGAAAUCUGAAGAUAAAUCUGAUAUUGGAAUUUGUCAAUGUUCUACUGGAUUUAAACGUAACAUGGCAGGAAUUUGCACUUUGAUGGAAGACAUAGAACUUGGUGUAACACCACAAAUGAAAACACAAAAUAUAAAAGAUUCAAGUACAUCUGUAAAACCACCAAUAAAAAGAUUAUUAGUCUCUGUUGUUUCAAAAGAAGUACGCUUACCAGAAAAUGAAGUAACAUUAUCUGCCUAUACUGUACCAGCAGAACAAAAAAAUGAACAUUAUAAUUAUGCUUGGAGUCUUUUAAGUCAACCAGAUGGUCAUACUGGUAUAAUGACUAAUCAAAAUCGCAUGACUGUAAAAUUAAGUAACUUAUCUGAGGGUUUAUAUACUUUUAAAGUAACAGUAAAUGGUCCAAAUGCCUAUGGUGAGGCAUAUGCAAAUGUUAGUGUUUUGCCACCUAAAAGAAUAAAUCAACCCCCUAUUGCAAUAAUUUCACCUGCUUCGCAAGUUGUAAAAUUACCAAAUACGGGGGCUGUGUUAGACGGUUCGUCAAGUAAAGACGAUGAUCGUAUUACUUCUUACCGUUGGGAAUUACAACAAGGUCCUAUUGGAUAUCAUCCUAAUCUAGUUGAUACACCUACUUUACAAUUAGAUAAUCUUAUCCCUGGCAAUUAUACUUUUAAAUUAACAGUUGAAGAUUCCAAUCAUAUUACUAAUUCUACGAGUGCUAAUAUAACAGUUUUAAAAGUAACUGAUUAUCCUCCUAGUGCAAAUGCAGGCCAAGAUAUUAUCAUAUAUUUACCUCAAAAUACAUUAACGCUUAAUGGUAAUUUAAGUACAGAUGAUCAUGGAAUAGCAAAUUGGGAAUGGACAAAAAGUCCUUCAGAUCAAAACAAAGCAGUAGAUAUGCAAAAUACGAGAACGCCGUAUUUACAAUUAUCUAAUUUGGAAGAGGGAAUGUAUACAUUUGUGUUAAAAGUAACAGAUGAUUCAGAACAAUCUUCGAUAGCCGAGAUUCAUGUAUUUGUAAAACCACCAACUAAUAAACCACCAAAAGCUGAUGCUGGCGAAGAUAUAACUAUAGCGUUACCCGAAACAAAAACUGUACUUGAUGGUCGUAAAAGUAAAGAUGAUAUUAAGAUUGUAUCAUAUCAUUGGGAACAAAUGAGUGGGCCAAAUAAAGCUGAAUUCUCAGCAAUGAAUGAAUCAGUUACGAAUAUAACAAAAUUAACAAAGGGUGAUUACGAAUUUAAGUUAACUGUAAUUGACGAUAAUGGAAAUAAAGAUUCAGAUGCUGUCAAAGUAAAAGUUACACAAAAUAAAAAUGCUCCUCCAAAAGCAAAUGCAGGUGGGGAUCAAGUUGUUGUAGCACCUAUUAGUGCAUUAAUUAUUAAUGGAUCUCGAUCAAUUGACGAUUUAAGAAUUAGUGAAUGGACAUGGACAAGAGAUCCAUCUAGUCUUGCUAUAGGUACUAUAGUUCAAAAUACUGACAAAUCGCCAAUUUUAAUGCUGACUGAUAUUGUGCCAGGUAGAUAUGUUUUCAGACUAAAAGUAAUGGAUGAUCAAGGUCUUAAUAGUGAGGAUACUGUAUCUGUGAUAGUAAAACCAGAUCCUCAAUUAUUGCAUUUAGUUGAAUUAACGUUGAAUAUUGGAGCAAAUAUGUUAACAGUAUCGCAAAAAAAUUCAUUGGUAUUAAAAUUGCAAAUGUUAUUACGAGAUGAAGCAUCAAUUAUUGUUCGAAAUUUAAGAGCAGAACCACAUACUGGUAGAGCUGUUUUAAUUUUUUAUGUUGAAAAAAAAGGAAAAGUUACUAUGCAUGGACCAGAAGUAGUUAAACGAUUAAAAGAAAAAUUAAGACAAGAUUCAGGUCUUCUUCAAUUAUCUGUGGCAAAUAUUGAUACUGCUGUAUGUCAAAAUAAUUGUUCAGGUCAUGGAGUAUGUGAUCAAGAAACAAGAUUAUGUAUGUGUGAAGCAUUUUGGAUGCAAAAUUUAAUACAGAAAUAUUUUGGUAAUGGUGACUCUAAUUGUGAUUGGAGUAUUCUUUACGUAAUAAUAGCAUUACUGUCUCUAGUCGUGUGUUGGGUUGGUCUUAUUUGGGGUCUUGUUUGUCUGUGUCAAAGAAUAUGUAUAGGUAAACGUCGUUCACUUCGUACUAAGAAAAAACCACCACGAUAUUCUCUUUUACAACCAGAACCAGAAGACGAAAGCAACACAUUUUCAACUCACAAAAUGGUAUUAUCUGAAUCAGAUACGGAUUCUGAUGAUGUCUUAUUCGAACACCGCAAAGCGAAAAAUAGCAGUCAAGUAAGAAAUGGUAAAUCUCGAAAUGGCUUUAUUAAAGUGGGUUCUAGAGUGAAAACAUGAGGAAUAUAUAAAAUAUAAAAUCUCGUUAAACGACGCACAUUCAUAUAUGUUUGGCCAAAAAGAAAAACGAAAAAAAGCAUAAAAAAUACUAGUCAGUUACAGGGCUGUAAUUUUAAGUAUGUACUUAACAAGAAAAAUAUGAUUUCUCAAACAGAAGUUGCCACUUGUAAAAAGAAUUUAGACGUACUUAAGUAUUGAUUAGAGAAAUAAGAAAACACAUGUUCACUUCAUUGCGUCUUGUUUGAUUUAUUUGAAAUAAUAUUUAUUAAUAUCAUGCAUUUGUAUUUGAAACUUAUUAUAUAUAAUUAUAUAUAUACUGCUCGUAUACAUGCGAGCGGUACUAUAGCACAAUGAUCAAAUUUGAUUUGAUUACGGCCUUAGAAAAUAAUUGGAAUUAAUAUUUAUAUAAAAUAAUCAUUUCUUGUGUCCAUAUAUCCCUUGUAUGUAAUAUUUGCUCUUUAAUAUAUAUAUCA